CUUUCUCUGCGUUUCGCUCUCUACCCUUUUGAUAACCCCUCUUCUUCCUCUCUACCUUCAAAUUGGUCCUUUGCUUUGCUACCUUCAAGCUCUAAUGGCGUUUCUCUGCUGAUUCAGCCAGACUAAAAAGAAAAGAUUCAGUUUUUUUCAACCGGCCCCGACCCGAUCAUCGUCAAUUUAACAACAGCUAUCUAACUCUUUCACUUUUAGAUCUUCCUCAACUUUCGACUUUGAAGGAUUUUAGAGAUCAAGGUUUGAGUUGAGGGGCAUAAGUUAUUAUUGAAUCUUAAUCAAAUGCGGAUAACACGAAGAGGGGUUUUGAUGAGAUGAGGUAUGUUAUCUGGGUUCAUGAACUUUUUGUGGGCCUGUUUCCGGCCGCGGUCGGACCGACAUGUUCACAAUGGUUCUGAUUCGGGUGGUCGUCAAGAUGGACUCUUAUGGUACAAGGAUACAGGACAGCAUUCUAAUGGUGACUUCUCUAUGGCUGUAGUUCAAGCCAAUAAUUUAUUAGAGGAUCAGAGUCAGCUUGAAUCAGGGUGUUUGAGCUUGCAAGAAUCGGGACCUUAUGGUACCUUUGUAGGAGUGUAUGAUGGGCAUGGAGGUCCUGAGACGGCAAGGUUUAUUAAUAGUAACCUCUUUCAACAUCUAAAGAGGUUUACGUCUGAGAAUCACUCAAUGUCAGUGGAGGUAAUCAAGAAGGCUUUCCAAGCAACGGAAGAGGGUUUCGUCUCUCUUGUAUCCAAACAAUGGCCAAUGAAACCACAAAUAGCAGCCGUUGGAUCAUGCUGCCUUGUUGGUGUCGUAUGCGGUGGAACCCUUUACAUCGCGAAUCUUGGAGAUUCUCGAGCUGUUCUGGGAAGGCUAGUGAAGGCAACUGGGGAAGUUCUUGCAAUUCAGCUCUCAGCUGAACACAAUGCGUGUAUAGAGUCUGUGAGACAGGAGUUGCAUUCUACGCAUCCAGAUGACUCACAAAUCGUAGUUUUAAAACAUAAUGUUUGGCGGGUAAAAGGCCUCAUACAGAUUUCGAGAUCCAUUGGUGAUGUAUACUUGAAAAAGGCGGAAUUCAACAGGGCUCCUUUAUAUGCCAAGUUCCGCCUUCGUGAACCUUUUAAAAGACCGAUAUUGAGCUCGGACCCAUCAGUUUCGGUGCACCAGUUGCAGCCACAUGAUCAGUUUAUCAUAUUUGCUUCAGAUGGCCUAUGGGAGCACCUCAGUAAUCAAGAAGCUGUUGAUAUCGUUCAAAGUCACCAACGCAGCGGAAGUGCUAGGAGAUUAAUAAAAGUGGCAUUGCAGGAAGCAGCAAAGAAGAGGGAAAUGAGAUACUCUGACUUGAAAAAGAUCGAUCGUGGGGUGCGUCGUCAUUUCCACGAUGAUAUCACGGUGGUGGUGCUGUUUCUGGACUCGAACCUGAUGAGUAGGGCUAGUUCCUCCUCGGUUAGAACCCCUAACUUAUCCGUCAAAGGAGCAGGAGUAAACCUGCCUUCAAACAUACUUGCUCCUUGCUCAACCCCAACGGAAACUGGGACCGCCUGAUCAUCUCUCUAUCUCUAGUCUACUAUACAUACAUACAUACCUACAUAUAUAGAAACUGUUACCUCUCUAAUUUCAGCUUUUUCUUGUACUAUUUCCCUCAUCAGUGUGAAUACCUCCCCAGAAAAAGAGAAAAAAAAAACAAAGAAAGGCAAGGUAGGCAACCCGGUGCACCGUGGUUCCUUGGAAAAUAGGUAGUUUGAUAUUGUGGAUGGUGAAAGCAGCAGGCAACCCCGGUGCACCAUGGUUGUUAAAUGGUGACCGAGGAGCACAAGUCGAAAUUCUUUGUAACCUCGUUUAAGUCGGAGUAGUAAUACUAAAACUUUACAGAUGGAAGCAAGGGUUAUAGUUUAUACUAUUUUCAACUUAAAAUGUGUCCAUCCAGAAUUGACUUGUAACCUUGAAUUUGUUUCGAGUUAUACAAGUUCUUGAUGAUGGUUUCCUUUU